UGGAGCUGUCUGCAUAUGCUAGAGCCUAGUACCGUGUGGAGGCUCACCCAACGUCACUGGGCCGUCCGGAAGUAGACGGCAGGAGCCAGCCUAUCGCCCAAAGACCCACCACCGCCGCCUCUGGCUCUGCAUAUAUAGAGCGAACGCUGUGGCAGCCCAACACUCACUCCACUGUUGAGCUACCCACCUGAACCAUGACUGGCCGCGGCAAGGGAGGCAAGGGACUCGGAAAGGGAGGCGCCAAGCGUCACCGCAAGGUUCUUCGGGACAACAUCCAGGGCAUCACCAAGCCGGCCAUCCGUCGUCUGGCGCGCCGUGGCGGUGUGAAGCGCAUCUCCGGGCUCAUCUACGAAGAGACCCGUGGUGUGCUCAAGGUGUUCCUGGAGAACGUCAUCAGGGAUGCCGUCACCUACACUGAGCACGCCAAGCGCAAGACCGUCACCGCCAUGGACGUGGUGUACGCCCUCAAACGCCAGGGCCGCACCCUGUACGGCUUCGGUGGUUAAUGCCGCUGCCUGAGCGAGCCCGACCUAAC